UGUGUUUGUUGUAAGCCUGGCAGUUGCAGACUUGAUUGUAGCUAUCUACCCAUAUCCACUGGUCCUCACAUCUGUGUUUCACAACGGAUGGAAACUGGGAUACCUACACUGCCAGAUUAGUGGCUUCUUGAUGGGCCUAAGUGUCAUUGGAUCAAUCUUCAAUAUUACAGGCAUCGCUAUCAAUCGGUACUGCUAUAUCUGCCACAGUCUCAAAUAUGACAAGCUAUACAGCAACAAGAAUUCAUUGUGCUAUGUUGUUCUUAUAUGGGUCCUAACAUUUGUUGCUAUUGUGCCCAACCUGUUUGUGGGAUCGCUACAGUAUGACCCCAGGAUUUACUCGUGUACAUUUGCACAAUCUGUGAGCUCAGCAUAUACAAUAGCAAUUGUGUUUUUCCAUUUCCUGCUUCCCAUAGCCGUAGUUACUUUCUGUUACUUGAGAAUAUGGAUCCUCGUUAUUCAGGUAAGGAGAAGGGUUAAACCAGAUAACAACCCUAGGCUGAAGCCACACGACUUCAGAAACUUUGUAACCAUGUUUGUAGUAUUUGUACUGUUUGCAGUCUGCUGGGCCCCUUUGAACUUUAUAGGCCUUGCUGUGGCUGUCAACCCAAAAACUGUAAUCCCUAGGAUUCCAGAGUGGUUGUUUGUAUCUAGUUAUUAUAUGGCAUAUUUCAACAGCUGCCUUAAUGCUAUAGUAUAUGGACUCCUGAACCAGAACUUCAGAAGAGAAUACAAGAGAAUUAUUGUCACUUUUUGUACAGCAAAUAUUUUUUUCCAGGAUAGUUCUAACGAUGCAGGAGACAGAAUGAGAAGUAAACCUUCUCCGUUGAUUACAAACAACAAUCAAGUAAAGGUGGACUCUGUCUGAAAAUGGGAAUCUUACUGUCAUUCAACAGCAUCCAAAUAAAGUCUCUGUUUUAUUAGUUCUACUGUUAGAUAUUAUAGUGAAAUAUAUCUUCUACACUGAGAGCACUUUGAUCAAAUUCCUUUCAUAGUAUUUGGGAGCUUGAUAUAGAGCCAUGGUAUACAGGUCCUAUUAUACAAUGGUAUAUCUCUUGUAUAAUGACAUAAUGAUAUCCUUGAGUGCAUAACAAGUUACGCAUGGAUACUUGUUUUGUUCCCUUAGAUGAAGACAAACACCUAGAAAGAGAUUGAAACAGAAGUAUCCACACUGCCUAGUGCAGUAAAACAAAUCAUAAAACUCUUCCUGCCACUCUCCACCUGCUUUUUCUGGCCAGGUUGUGGUCUUGAUUCUAAAACCUCUGGAAACUUCUUUUAAAAGAAGGAAUCAGGCCUUUAUGAAAUAUAUUAGGAGAUGUGAAGUGAAAAAUCAAGGUAAUUGAAAAUUCAUCAGGAUUUUUGAUAAGUACCUCUAUCUAUAUUGCUUUGCUACUAACAUGGACACAGUUAUAAUUUUCUUUGGAUAUUAAACCUCAGCAACCCUCCUAAGAAUGACAUUCUCAAUUGACUUCUCAAUUUUAAAAUAGCUUUUAAGGGGAGAAACAUGCCUGACUGAUUAUCUUCAAAGCUCCAAGGGCAGGAGGAUAAACAGCAAGGAAAGAAAAGAGCUGUGAUUCAUCAGGUCAAGCCAUUCCAGCAUGAAAAAAAUGUGUAGGAGGGUUGGGAAGAGAAAUUUAAAUUACCAUUAUUUCUGAAGAGAUGGUAACUCAUGAAAUGGGGAAGUGCCCCAGAGGAGCUUCUGAGGAAAUACCUUCUAGAAACAUAGGUGAGGAAGACUGUUAUAUCUCACCUGUGUAAAGGAUAGAAGUUCUAAACCUCUGUGAGAAGAAGAUUAAUGCAUUUAAUACGAGUGGCAAGUUUUGUCUAGUCAGUGGAAUCUUAACCCCAUGCAACCCUGGGAAAUAAGAUACAGAAUGAGCAUUUAACAUCUUUUGGAAAUUGUUCUCAUGAGAAUAGCCUGAGACUAGAGGUUAUUUUGUAACCUGACACAGAUGAGAUUUUCAAAUUAAUAAUUAGGUGUUUAACAAAAUUAUGAACAUAGUAGAAUAACCUAGAACAAUUAGACACCUUUAAAUAAUAGAACAGAGAAGAUACUACUUAUGACAGUGGCACAAAGAGGAACAUGUGACUCUCAGGACAGGACGUGUUAUGUGGACUUUCCACAGAUAGCAGGCACCUCUUCAGUGAGGGGAAGUACACUGUGAAGUGAGGAAGAAUAGCUAGGCUGUUUCCUGCAACAAAGAAUGUCUGUUUAUAAUGAAGUCCUCUGGUGGAGAAAAGUAAUUCACAAUAGGAUUCACCUUCAAAUUGACCUUAAAAAGAAGGAGCAUUUAGUUCUGGAAAGAAGCUCCAACUGUCAUAGCUUUUAAUGCUCAAGCAUUUAUACCUACAGAGAUGUUUGAGUACACUUGAGCUUUUCCAAGCCGAUUCCAACAAUGCCAAUGGGACUAAGAGUUUCUGAAUAGCCAUCAGACUUCUGUUAAUCUAUAUUAAAAUGUGAAUUUUGCCUAAAGAAUUCUUUUAAAAUAUUAUUUACUGUAAUGGAGAUUUUCUUGAGCUUAUAUGUCUUAGAAAACAGCAGUUACUCUAUGUCAUAGAACUCCUUAAAUUGCAUAUGAAUCUGACAGCAUUUCAUCUUUCUUGGAUCAUAGAUUAGCAUACCCUUGACUUAAUAAUGAACUAAAAGGAAACAUAUUCAUAUUUACUUGAAAGCGGUACUGACACUUCAUCAUCUGACCAGUUUCUUACCUUAAAAACAGGUGCCUCAUGUCAUGUUAACAACAGAACUAAUGAACAACAUUGUAAAACCCUGGUUAUGAACUAGAAAGUCAAUGCAUUGCCAAGGUGCUUGACUCAUCUUUGUUUACAUUUUUCAGUCAGAACCACUGUGUAAAUAACCAGCUCUCUUCUAUUGUGGUAUCAUCAUGUGAUGCGAUAUGAUACAACAUGAUUAACAGCAUAAAGUAUAUCACAGCUUUCUUCACUGUGAUUUCAUCCUUGGAGGAUGCUUAGCUCUGUAAUUUUAUUGCUUUGUGCAUAGUGAUUUUAGAAUAGCAAGGAAGGCAUGACUACCUUACAAGAAAAUGAGUUUUUCAUGCAAGAGAAAACAAUAUUUGAAUUCUUACAAAAGUUGCCUUAUUUAAAGCAUAUUUUCAAUGAAAAUGAUGUCUUAUUAUAUAUUUAUUAAAGUAGCAUAAAGACAGCUUAAGUAGCUUAAUCAUUAGUAAGUUUAGGAUUCUCAAAGAUCUGUCACUUGCCAUUUCCAACAGAAAAUGUACAUGUGUAUCAUGUCUACAUAUUUAUGAGCCGGUUGAAGACACUGUAUCCAAUAUUGUGGGUUAUCUGAGGAAUUAAAGUCCCCUGUAAUUCGCAAGUGCUAAAAUAUAUUUUUCGUGACAAUGAAAAUGCUUUGCUAUAUACAACAGAACAAAUUAUACCAAAGGUAUAUAUUUUAUUGAAUAGGCCUGUAAUAAAAAUGGAGAACAUUUUUCAGAUCUGUAUUUUGAAAUAUUUGUAUUAAAUCUAAAUCACAGAAUUUGCAUGUUGGUGCAAAUUUUUAAGCUGCUAAAUAUAGCAAUAAUUUUAAUAAACUAAUCCCUGGUUCUUCUUUGGGGGGCAAGUCUUUAGAAUUUAGUUUAAAAUUACUAUGGAUGAAAAAUUUGAGCAACAUCUGCUGCUCUCAUGAGAUUACUUUUGCAUUUACUGCCGUUCUGAAGUACUUUGCAGUAAUAGUUACUUUUAAUCCAAGUCUAUUGCUUCAAAGGAGUUGAAGUGAUUUAUCUAAGACAAUCAGCAGCCUUGUCAGCUGCUCAUUGACAAUGGGCAUGACAACAUAAGUCAGCACCUCACAACAUCUGACUCUUUAUGGUCAACAUAAAGAUUGAUGAAAAUGAUAAUGAUUUCUGUCCAUUCUAAGGAGAUGGAGUUAGAAACUUAUCCAAAAUUAGUUGCUUCUGUGAAAGUAGAUGAACCUUGAUGUGUUUUUUUACAUUCCAAAACAUUAAAUUUUCCCCUAUACUAAAGGCUAGAAUAGAAAAACUGCAUUAUUUAGAGUUCUGUCUGGAUGGUUUAGAUAGUGUAUUUGUCCUACAGCAGUCAUCAGCCCUGGACAGAUUAAUUUCUAAAUUGCGAGUCUUAGGUGUCUGCCACAUCUGCAGGGGCCCGUCCCUUUUAUAUUUCCUAUCCAUUUCUGGUCUGAGCUCCCGUGAAGCCAAAGAACCUCUGUGAAGGAGCAGUGCACGCCUCUGUAGGCAACGCACCGAAGACUUAUAGCAUAAUUGACCUCUACCUUAUCCUACAAGAAUUUCUUUCUUAUAUUCCAGUCUUGAUUACAUUGACAAUCUGAAUAUGAUCUUAUAUCAAAACAUCUUGUACUCUUACAGACAGGUGGUCAUCUGCAUUGCAAACUUCAUGUUAACAAAGAAGCUUGGCAGUAUUACAUAUUUACCAGCAAAGAGAAUCUUAAUGAAUAUAUUAAUAUCAAACAGGGUAUUUAUUGUAGUUGAACUGUAACUGUAUGCAACAAUGUAGUUUCAUUUGGAAUAGCUUGCUUAAGAGUGCUUUGCACAUUUUCUUCUACCACUGGGCUAGUGCAAGUGCAGAGAUAUGAAGCAAACAUAUGUUAUUUCAAUAGGCAUAAUAUAUAGCAAUGAUUUUAUUGUUUUUCUUUUGCUUAUUAUUUGUUUUAGAAGGUAGGUAUAGGAAUCAUCCAUAAUAAACAUACUAUCAAUCUGUAUUAGUGUAUAGUGCAUCCUUCUAUAAUGAUCACAUCUUUUUCUUCUUUUUGACCACUUCUGAAAUGGUAUCGUGUGAGAUCUGAUUAAUUAAGACAUACUGAAGGGAACUGCUAUUUCCCUUAAACUGCACUGAAAAAAACAGUCAUAAAAAAGUCUCCUUAAAAUAUAAUACACAAGUACAUAAGUAUAUGUGGUCAUUCAGUUUAAAAUACAAUUUCAAAAUCUUCUUCUAUUUGAAAAACUUGUUCACAAACUGUAGUAAUAUAGAUGGACUGUUAUUCUUUAAUUCUUUUCUAAU